GUGGUUUGCAUCAGUUCCGGAUGAGGUGGGGGAACAGGGACGUGGAUUCACCCAAGCUUAAAAUACUGUGAUGUAUUUAUCGUGGUGUGAGGCUGCGUGCGGUACGACGUGUGGGCCGCAGGGCGACUCACAUGGUUGCCUCACGCUCGCCUCCCCUAGUCAUGUGGUGACCCCAUUCCCCGGCAGGUGCGCAGAGCCGUGACGGAGGCUCCUCGAGAGAACUACCUGAUAACUGGCCCUGUGGUGUUUGUGUUCGAAACCGAGUGAGGCGAAAUGGAAUAUUGAUCGGCGGGGCAUGAGCGUGACCCGGGGGCUGGGACCCCUGGCGCACCCCCCGGCCGCUCCAUGACCAGACGGCCGGAUAUACCAUUAAGAGAGUACUGCGCCAAAUAUCCGGAGACCAGGAGACGUCCACCCUCGCCACCUUUCCCUAGUGGGGUGAUGACGCUGGAGCAGGAGCGAGAUCAACCCAAGGGGGCCACCGGGGGGGAGGCAGCCCUCCCCAGCCUGCAAGCCGGCCUUUUCCUCUCCCCUGAACACACGCGCCCGGCCCUGCCCCACCUCUCCCCAAGGAGGAUGAAGCCCGGAGGCCAGCACGGGCGGCGCCCCAGGACUCCCGUGAGGCAGCACCAGGUGGACUCGGACACCUCGCUCCUGCACAGUCCCGCGCUGGAUUCGUUCACCCUCUUGGGACCCCGACCGGGACACAAGACAGGCAAGUCCCCUCGGUCUUCGCCCAUCCAGGGCCACCGAUCCCCCCUCGGUAAGAGGACGACACACGGGCCAGGGGCGGCGUCAGGGGGUCGAAGUGCAGCCAAUGGGUCAGGGCGGCGGGGCAGCGAGACGGGCGUGGCGCAGAAGCAGAAGAAAUUGGCUUGCGAAGUGGUAGUGCCGCCGCUGCCGCCCCCGCCGGACCCACGUAGCCAGGCGAGCCGCGUGCCGCCGCAACCCUCCAGCGUGGAGAGCGCCGAGAGUGUCAACCUAAUGGAUCUGUCCAGUGACACCGAGCAGAGCGCCGGCAAUGUAGACCUGGUGGUGCCGCCUACGGACAGCCAGACCAUGGAAGUAGACUUUAGCAGUGUCCCGCCCCCCACUCGGACGGCGGGCACCCCCCUCGCCUCCCCAGUGUGGGCAGCAAACACAUUAGCCUCAGCAUAUCACUCUGCCACCCCGACCACUGUUGUCUCUCCUUCAGCGGCCACCUCCACCACCCUUCCAAGUGGAAGCUUCUCGCCUCGCAGAACUUCCCCGACUGUCCUCUCGCCCGUCGUAGUGAGCAUGUCCAUCGUGGGCAGCAUGACUCCAGUAGAUACCCUUCCCCUGCUGGAACCUUCAGACACGUCAUGCGACACCUCCAUGAGCACGGGGGACACCGUCCCGCUGCUGGGCCCCGUAGUAGACGAGGAGGCAGUCCCUUCUCCGCCGGCCAACACUUUCAGCAAUAUCUCCUCCUUAGGGGCGAUACCCUUGCCCAGCGAGCCCGCUCUUACGCCGGAGCCCACCAAUUUAUGCGCCUUCGUAAGCCCCGCUCCUUCCGUGACGGGCCUCCAGAUAGCCGAGAACUCCUCACCGUCUCUUCCUAGCACUAGCACCUCCCCCAAGGCUUCGAGGGUGCUACCUCUGCUGGGCUUCUCUCCCGCGUCUCUCAGUUCCCCGGAGGCCGGCCCGGCAGAUAUCAUGGGCAAGAAGCCCAGCGCCACCUCGCCCACACAGCGCGGCGGUAUUACGUCCCCCGCGCCGCUGUCCACGCCCGACCUGCGGGUGGACAUGUUUGACGCGGACUAUCCCGGGGAGGGGUGGCGGGCGGGGGAGCGGGAGGUGGGCACGCCGCCCGUUCUGCCCUCUAGCUUCCCCGCCAUCACCCCAGAAGACCUCACGCCAGCCGAGCUACACGAGUUCGACAUGAAGUACGGGUCUCCUCACCACGCCCGCUCCCGCUCCAUCAAGUCCCUGGCGCGGCCCACCCUGCUUGCCCUGCCCCUGGAGCGGCCGCGGCUCACCUCCCUGCCAGGCAACGGAGGCGGCGGAGGCGGCGGAGGCGAUGACGACGAGGACGACUACUACCGUCUGCGGCACUUCUCCAUCACGGGGCGGCGCAUCAUCAACCGAGGAGACUCCUUCAAGUCCCGCAGGACGCGAUCCAACACCAGCGUGGCCUCCGACGCCUCGAGGGCGCUGACGUCACUAGAGGGCGGGGCCACCCUCAUUGCGUCACUGGAAGGGGCGUGUCGCUCCUUAGCACCUGGCCUGCCCCCCGCCAUCACACUCUCCUGUGACGACGUUUCCUGCUUCACGGAUGGAUGCGCGUGGUCACAUCCCUGCUCGCUGGCAACCUCGGCGGCAUCUUCUGCGGCGUCUUCGGCAGCGUCGUCGGCUUCGGAGAUGAUGACGCCGUAUCGGGUGGUGAUGCUCGGAGCGGCGGGAGUUGGCAAGACGGCCCUCGUGCACCAGUUUAUGACCUCUGAACAUAUCAACGCGUACGACAACUCCUUAGACGAGGAGUACGGAGAGCAGUCCGUCUCAGUGAUGCUGGACGGGGAGGAGUCCGAGAUUAUGUUUGUUGACCACCCCGCCGAUGAGAUGACGGUGGAAAAUUACCUCACCACAUACGAGCCUCACGCCUUCGUGGUGGUGCUAAGCGUGACGGAGCGAGCCAGCUACCUGCGGGCGGAGGAGGUUCUGCAGUACCUGUGGCGCCUGGAUGUCAUGAGCAACAAGGGCGUCAUCCUGGUUGCCAACAAGACGGACAUCGUGAGGGCGCGCUGUGUAUCGUCCAAAGAGGGAUCAAACCUGGCGGAUUCCUACGACUGCAAGUAUAUCGAGACGUCCAGUGGCUUCAAUCACCAGGUGGACGAACUACUGGUGGGAAUCUUGAAGCAGAUUCGUCUAAAGACACGACCGCCGGAGACUAAGAGGAAACGAAGCACGCGACGGAAGAAGUACCGCGGCUCCAAGACCUCGGCGAGUCUCAAGGUCAAGAGCUUCCUGACGAAGGUGUGUGGGAAGGAACCAAAGAGCAAGUCAUGCGAGAACCUACACGUCCUUUGACUCCUUCUCUUCUUCUUUGCUACCCCACGCUUAAACGGCUUCAAGGGACACCUCAUGACUUCCGUUGGGGGAGCGGCUGGGACCACACACACACAAACACACACACUCUCACACACACGUACACACACAGAGGCGAGCCACAGAGGAUUUGAGGACUCAGUGUGUUCAGGAGUCAGGAGUCCCUCUCAUACACAGGAGAGUGAGUGUUCUCCCCCACUCCUGCGUGUGCUCGCCCUGUGCUGAAUGAAGUGCUGUCUAGCGGGUGUUUUCCCCUCUCUGUUAGAAUUCAGAGACCCACUGACUCUGUGCCUCAUGGAGUAGAGAAGAGGAGGAGGAGGAGGAGGAUUGUAAUUUGUUUGGGCACGAUGGAAAGGGAAACGGAGGCCUCAGGUUUGCCUCUUGGUGAUAACGAGACCCUCAACCUUUAUUUAAUUCCUCCUUCCCUCUCCCUCCUCUCCUCCAUUCCUCCAGCCAUCCUUUACCCGCUCCCUUCCCAUUAUUUCUUCCUUCUACUCAAUCCUUCCAAUGCGUCGUUGCUCCUCGUUCUCGAUCUCCUCCAUCUCUCUCUCUCUCUCUCUCUCUCUCUCUCUCUCUCUCUCUCUCUCUCUCUCUCUCUCUCUCUCUCUCUCUCUCUCUCUCUCUCUCUCUCUCUCUCUCUCAUGUCCCCUUCGCCCUCACCCAAGCUUCCACACUCGGAUCUAUAAACAAACAUUUAUCUUCCUCUCUGACAAGUCUUCCUCGCAGUCUGGGGUGAGUUAUCGCUUCGAAGAGGUCCAAGGAAGCGCUUUUUUGACACUGAAAGGACUUGGGAAAAAAAAAUAAUUGUGCGGGGAAAUGCAUCUAAACGUGACAAAAGUGUUGGAAUCUUCUGCCUUCAGGCGUCGCCGGGAGGAGGGAUGUACAAGGCAGGGAGUAAGAAAAGAAUCAGUAUAAGAAAACUCCUAUGCUGAGUGAUACGAGUGAUAAAAAAAAUGCAUAUCAAGUGUACAUAAAAGUAAUUAAGAAACAAAAUCCCUCCUUAUUACACUCACUGUUUUGAUCUCACGAAUUAUAAACCUCGAGUGAAAAGUGUCUAAAAAAAAAAUUGAGAAGGGAUAAAAGUUACAGGCAACUACAGCAUUGUCAUAGCCCUUCCCGUACCUCUGCCAGCCCUCCCUCGUCCCCUCCGGGCUAAGAACCUUCCGUCUCCUUAAACUCCCGCAGUGGAGGCAUCAGGAAACUCCCACAACCUUCCUGGACGAGGGAACUUUGCCGGGAAAUUUCCGCAACUCUGCUCGACUCUCCCCGCGUCUGAAGGGCAUCUCGGAGGUAUAAAUAAUAGUUACUUGGUUUUACGUUAAGCUUCCUUUCCAGAACAUGUAAUCUGAUAUUCCGGUGCAGUGCUGAAGGCAAGUAUUUAAGCUCCAUCUUCUGAAACGCUUUGUUGUCUUGCCUCGCCCACUUUUAUCUCAUGAGGAAGUUAUUGAGGGUUUCAAGCGGACAUUUAAAGCUCCAGUGAUAAUCAGGAAUCUGCGUCGAUAAUGGGAAAAUAAAACAGCCAUGAGACCAUGACUAAUAACCUCUGUGGCCUCUGAAACAGUACGGGGGAGAGAGAACAAAGCGUUUCAGAAUAGGAACCUCGGAGAGCAGCUUGUUGUGAUAUCAAGCCUUAAAUGGGAAGGUAAUAUGAAGCCAAAGACAAGAGGAGGAUGUCCACCAUUACUUGUACUUUACUCAAUGCACACAAACAUUGCUUUUUUUCCCUCUAGGGUUGCCGGGGGUCCAAUAUUUUCUUCCAAGGUAGCAUUACGCCCUGCAGUGAGAGAUAAUGGUUGUGACGUCACUUGUCGAUAAGGAAAACCCGUUAUUCAGUCUCUUUUUGUGGGGUUUAUUCAGCAAAACAAAGGCUGCGUGUGUGCCAUUAAGCAGAUGCAGGCAGGCGAGAAGACACGGAGAGAGGAAGGAAAAGAUUUGAGAAUGUAAAUUAGGAGAGCAAUGGAGAAAUAGGAAAGGCACGAGCAACCAAGUAGAGAGAAAAGAAAAUGUAAAUAAGGAAAGACAAAUGUAAAGAAGAAAUGAGCGAAAGGGUGUGAGAAAGAUAUAUUAGGAAACCAAUGGAGAAUUACAAGGGAUGAACGUAAUGAAAUGGUGAAAAACACGUAAGCAUGGAAGGAAGGAAUUGUAAAAUAAAGAAAAGCGAACGAAAAUGAUGAGAAAUGUGCAAACACCGAAUAAAAGCAGAAAACUGAAGAGGAGUAGAAAUAUAUAUAUACCGAAAAAUGCGAAGGAAGGACGGAGAUAAAAGAAUGAAAC